AUGGCCCAGAAAAAGACAAGUCUUGUGAAAAUAAUAGAGAAUCUUUAUGCUACGCUUCAAGGGGAGGAGAAUGAGGAGCUGCUGUUUACUUACAGAGGAGUGCUGUAUCCAAAACUUUGUAGUCCUGAGACCUUUGAAGCAUUGGAAGCCAUGGAAGCUAGGAAGGACGAUAGGCUGAUUGUUGCUUAUCCAAAAUGCGGUGAGUAUCCAGCUUUUAAUGGAAUUAAAGGGGAAUGGAUUUGGUUACCAACUGAUAUCUGACCACAUAUGAUCCGUAUGUUUAUUUCCCCCAUGUAAUCUGGAUUUACAGUUUCCCUGUUUUGUUGAGCUUUUCAUAAAUGGUAAAUGGGGGUUUGUAUGCAAAACCUGCAAACCUGAGCAGCUGACUCCACAAUGAAUAAUAAGCUGUUGUGUGGGAGUGCCGUCUAUUAAAGUUUGAACACGGAAACCAAUGUUUAUUUGAUACCCAAAAUGAACUGAAAUGGGUCCCAGGUGAAUACAUCUUGGGGUGCCUGAGCACCCCACAACAGCCAUGAGCAGCGACUCAAGGCCCUCUUUUAUGUGGAGAGGAGAUGUGUACCUCAUAAGUCCUUGGCUAAAGGGAAGUUCUCUUUCUGCAGUUUGUUUACAGCUUGCAUGAUGGCGACAGCUUUGUUGUGACUAUCGUGUCAUCACCUUGUGACCCACCUGCAGGUCCCAACCCACUGGUUGAAGACCUACGAUUUAAGCCAACUGCCAUAUAUGAACAUGACUGUGCAUUUGGUUGUGCAGCUUAUGCUCUUGUGAUUCAUAUAUGUCUCAUUUGCUCUUAUGUUGCAGGUACUAACUGGGUGCUCCAAAUGGUAAAUGACAUGGUAGCCGCAAUCCCAAGUUACAAGGACUUACCACCACUAGAAAACCUACAAAUGCUUGAAUUUGGACUGCCCACAAAAGUUCAGGUAGGGUAAAGGGGCGAGGGAGACAAGUUAAUACCUGGAAUCAAAGAAUUGUACAACUUGAAGAGACCCAAAUGGUCAUGUACUCCAAACCUCUUUGUAUAGUUUGUUAUUCUUCUUCUGUCAAUAUGUAAAUCAAAGCCCCCCCCCCUUAUAAAGCUCAAUAAAAAGAAGGGGAAAAACAACCCCUCUAGAUCCUGAAACAACAACAAAGUUAACAUUCCUCUAAUUCUUAUUCUAGGACAUGGACAAGCAGCCUUCUCCACGUAUUUUUUCUACACAUUUUCAUUAUGAUAAUAUUCCCAAAUCUUUUUUUGAGAAUAAGGUGAAGGUAAGUGACUAGCUUCACUACUAUUAUGAUUACCUAAUACUCUAACAGCAUUUAAUCACAAUACUGAGUACUUAAUAUAGGUAUCUUAAUUUGACAGCUCUUGUCUUAUUGUCAAAGCAAAUUCUACAUCAGUUGGCCUAAAUCCAGGCUAACAGAGCAUUCCAACCCUCCCUCGGACUGGGUUGAGGAUUUGUGUGAGGACUGAGCAGAGUUGUUCCUCUGCGCGGAUCUCCUGGCUGGUUUGGAUUGCUCUCUCCUGCUUUGGCUUAGUUACUCAUGACUAAACCCAUUGAUUUCAAUAGGACUUAGGUACAACUAAAUCUGGACCCACUGCAUUCUUUGCAUAGCUGGAGGCAAAGGUGCUGCUUUAUCUGUAAUCUCUGUGUGAGGUAAGGGACCUUUGAAACUGUUCUCUUCACAUGCGGGUCUGUCACAGUUCUGUUUCAGGCAUAGGCAAACUCGUCCCUCCAUAUGUUUUGAGACUACAAUUCCCAUCAACCCCGAUGACUGGUCCUGUUAGCUAUGGAUGUUGGGAGUUGUAGUCCCAAAACACUUGGACGGCUGAGUUUGCCUAUGCCUGUUCUGUUUCAUGAGCCAAACCAUAGAAUAAUGUAGACAGUCUCCUUCCUCCGUCUUCUUCCUCAGAAUUAGAUACUCAGGUUUACCUGGGGGAAAUUCCAAAGAGGGAACUAUAAAGCAAAAGCCAUCCCCCAAGUCUCUCCAAGGCAAAGUGUUAUUGGAAGCAAUAUCUACUCUGCUAAACUUCCUGCCUUUUGUUGUGGCAGUCUGUUAUGUCCCAGAAACACAAGUCUCUCCCCACAACCAGUUUAAGCGAGAUGGGCAAGAACAGAGAACAUUUUAAGACACCAGCUUUUUCAACAUUUCCAUUUCAGUUUGCACUGAUAUGUUACUUUCAGUACACUAUGUCCGCAACCUAUGUUCUGGGGAUUGCACCUAAUGCCAAAAUUGCAUAUACUCAAAACACAUUGGGUUCAAUAGUAGUUGGGACUGUCGAAGUCAUUUCCCCCAGAACCCUGCGCCCCCUUUUAAUUUUUUAAAAAAAUAUUUUCCCACUUGCGUAAAGCUAAAUGAGCUCAAGUUGCAGGCUUACUCUAUAUAAAUACUGUUGACUUGCAACUUGUCUGCAUUUAACUUGUGCAAUAACAGAUUUACUUGUAUGGUGGCUGGCCAUCAUGCAAUGAAACAAAUUAAAUGCACACAAGGGAGAGAGCUCCAAAGCACUUUUCCUGUCACAGAAAGAGAUUUUAAGCUCUCAGCCUUUCUUAUUGGGCUCUGGGAAGGUCUCGCAUAUGGGCUAUGGGAGGCUCCUGGGAAAAAUUGUGGAAGCCACAUAGAGCCUGUGUGAAAGGGUCCCUUCCAGAGCAAGGCACGGAGCUUAAAAGCUCUGCCUUAGGUAGGGGCCAAUGGCCUCUUUGAUGUGUCAGCUCCAGAAAGUUAGAGAUGUUUGCACAGGGGAGGUUCCAACAAAAUCUAAUAUCUCUUUCUUUCUUUUUAAAUAGAUGUUGGUAGUAUUUCGAAACCCCAAAGAUGCCGCUGUAUCCUAUUACCAUUUUUACAACAAAAACCCCUUUCUUCCAAAUGUCAGCUCCUGGGAUGAUUUUUUUCAAAAGUUCAUGAGUGGCGAAGGUAGGUUAGAAGUUCUCACUUUCUGUAUUUCUGAAACUUCCCACAAAGUAUCUGUGUAGAACUUCUGUUCAAAUGAAAGGCAAACAAGUUUUGUAUACCCCACUCCACACCCGGGAUUUGAAAUAUGCUGUUUGCAUUUCAUUUCAGUUUGUUGGCAGUCCUACUUUGACCAUGCUCUUGCUUGGGACAAACAUAUGGAUGAUGAAAAUGUCAUGAUCAUCACAUUUGAAGAGCUGAAAGAAGUGAGCAUUCUUUGAAAUUGAGAUAAUGAUUCUGUUGUGCAUUCAUUUUCUUAGAUGGCCUAAUCAAGCUGUAUGUGGAAAUUCAGACAGGUGUAUUGAUGGUUGCUGAAUUGGUAAAGGGAGGGGCAUUGUUUUGCUUUUCUGUUUCUGCUCCCUUACCCCCCCCCAUUGCCUUUGGUUUUCUUUUCCUUAAUAAACCUGUAGUUAAUAACUAUUAGAAAUGCAUUCAUUUUUGACUGAGGUUUGGAAGUUCUUUCUCAUCAUGCUGCCAAGUACUUUCUGCUGUGUUUCUGCCAGUUUUAUAUUUUGACUUUUCUUCUGCCACAACUAUUUUUGUUAAGAGCAUGAGUAUUUUGUGUGUGUUUUGUUUUUUCCCUUUAGCAGGUUUGGAUAUUUUAAAUGUUUUAAAAUUAAAAAAUAAAUGGCGAUCCUGCAGUUCAUGAAAUACUAAGCACACCAAUAUGCCAGUCUGAUUAAGUAUUGUGGUGUAAUCUUUCUGGGUGUGCUCGUUCACAGGUUAACUAAGUUUAUCAGAAGUAGUGUUCCAAACUUUUAAUCAUCUCAAACAUUUCUGAGUUAAAAGGAAUAUAGAUGAUUGAACAUGGCACACUGGAAAUGGAAAAAAAAUGGAUAGCAGAUAUUUGUUGGGGGAAUGCUUUUCAAGGAAUAUAAGUUACAGAAACAAAUAGAAAGUUAUAAAUGAUGCACCUUUGCUGUGACAAUGUUUCUGUGCUUCCUUUCACGCUGCACUUAUUUUGCUAAUAUCAGAUGCACCUUUUUAGGGCAGUAAAGCACAUACCUUACAUUUAUGAAUAUAUUUAUUCAGAUGUUUAGCCUGCCCCAUUCUUGAAUCUUAGGGCUGAUUCUAACUUAGAAAUCUACCUUAGUAGCAAUUAUAUUUAUGAAGUCAUAACUAACUUUAUUGUUAUUUUCCAGAAUCUUCACGAAGGAGUGAAGCGAAUAGCUGACUUUUAUGAACUACCUCUGUCUGAUGAAAUGAUUAAGUCUGUUGCAGAGAACUCUACCUUCCAAGCAAUGAGCAGUAAAUCUGAAGAAACACUUGGUCGGUUUGCUCCUGUCCUUUUCAGGAAAGGUACUGCAAUAUUGACUUUAUGCCACUAGUUUGCAAUGAAUUCUGUUUCUUCCAGUAACACAAGCACCCUCUAGUGGUGCCAUUUAUGGAAAAAAACAAACCCAGGUCAAUGCCUAGAAAAUAGUUUUGACCCAUUUCCUUCUUUCUCUCUCCCAUCCCACAUAUAGAACCAACGUUCAAAAGAACUAAGAACCCUUAUAAAGCCUCUGUAAGGCCAUUCUCAUUUUCUUGCUAUCAUUAGAACAAGGACGUCUUAUGGUCCACAAUAGUUUACACAUGUCAUACUUUAAAUAGGCAAAUUAGUCUGCAAAAGUAGAAGCUACUUGUGCUGUGACAUCACAGUUUUCUGUAUUCUCUCCUACCAAUGAUAUCCAACUAUGUAGAGCAGGCUUCCUCAACCUCAGCCCUCCAGAUGUUUUGAGACUACAGUUCCCAUCAUCCCUGACCACUGGUCCUGCUAGCUAGGGAUUAUGGCAGUUGUAGGCCAAAAACAUCCAGAGGGCCGAGGUUGAGGAAGCCUGAUGUAGAGUAAGAGGCAUAAAAACCAUGAGCCCAGGGCAGCUCAUGUUUUAUUAUGUCAAUAAUCAAACAAGACAGUUAAACUCUGAAUAGUGGUCUAAGUGAUCUGGGAGUUGGUGGUCCUAUUGAACUUGAAAGUUUCUAAGUGGACAAGCAUAGGACUGCACAGUGGGAUAGUUGGAAUUCAGUGGGGCUUAUUUGCAAGUAGGUUGGGAUAGAAAUAAUGCCUAAGUGCUCUAAGUGUAAACCAAUUAGCCACAGUAUAAAUUACUUUAUACUAUAUGUGUAAUUUAAACAACACUAUUAUUUACAAUACUACCACAUCACGUUUCUUUAACCAGAACCAUUUUGACAGGGAUAAGCUUCCAAUUUUGUUUUUGUUUUUCCAUUGGUUUCAGACAACAUAUUUCCACAGAUCAAGGCAAGCUUCUCUACUCUUUCUCGUGUUUGCAUUUUUCAUGAUUAGUGUCAGACUACCUGCCCCCCCUUCAAAAAAAAAAAAAGAAUAGGUUUUUUUAACCUGUUGCAAAGAUAGAAGACAUCUGCAGCAGGCGAGAUAGUUUGAGAGUUCUACAAGUUUACAAUAUACUGAAAUUAUAAUUAUGAUAAAUUCUCUUAUAUAGCUACUAGAAGAGUAGCCGGUGCAUAACAAGGAAGUUAAAAUGAUAUUUUUAAAAUUUUGCCUUGAAAACAUGUCAGCCAUCAUACUAAGAUAAUAUAUUUUAGGAUGCUUGUGUGUGUGUGCUUCUUUUAAUUCUCAAAAAUCUCUUAGGCUUGUCUUGGGAGGAAAAGCUGUGUUUCAAUAAUGCUGCUGCUGCUACUGAUGUUAAAGAAACAGAAAUAUUUAAAAAGAAAACCUUGCAGCUGCACGCACAUGCACAUAUAUACCCCUCAAAUGUUUCUGUCACUCUUCACAUCUCCAAACAGCUCAUUCUGAUGCAACCUAGUAAUUCCCUUCCUUGGUUACUCCCUAGAAAGGGUGCAUAGUGUUGCAGAAUGAGAAGUAUGACAAUACAGCCAUCUGCUUCAACAUUCCAAAAUCAUAAAUCUGAUCUGUAAACCUCUAUAUAGGAAGGCAUAAAGAGUGAGAUUCAUUUUUAAUUGUUUCUUAAUAGGUGCUGUGGGUGAUUGGAAGACUUUGUUCACUGAGGCUCAGAGCCGGGAAAUGGAUGCAAAAUUUGAAGAGUGCUUAGCAGGAACUAAACUGGGUGCAAAGCUAAAAUAUGACCAAUAUUGUAAAUUUUAA